AUGCUCGGCGAGAUAUGAGCGACAGUUAGAUGCACUUGGAUUACCGGCUGCUGAACUGAAACAACGUCUCCGCUCAUAAAAAUAUGUAAAACAGUGACGUUUCUCAUUAUACGUCUUUUUAACGAGUGGAUAUUCUCCUCAGUCGGAGAUAAAACACAAGAUGCAGCGAGAGCAUCACUUAUUAUAGUCCCAGACGAUGGAAUUCAGUUUGAAAAGCCCAGUGUGAGAAAGUGAAGUACGCGCAGGAUUUACAUUCUCAUCCAUAUAACGAUAAAGUCAGGAUCUGAGAGCAUGGGUUGGCAAGAGACCCUAUGGCUUUUGACAUCAUUUAUCUUGAGUGCAACAAAGGCUGGAACAACAGAGACGAAAGCAGAGCCCACCGCUGACUUAUCCCUUACUCCUGUCAUGAUGGCAAUGGAGGGAGAGAGGCUGAUCAUGACUGAGUCUCAGUACAAAUGUCUGGAGCUUCUGAGCCGAAAUGGAUCCCAUAAUAAAACAGGUUCGUUCUGCAGCAGAUUCUGGGAUGGCUUGCUCUGUUGGGAUGAAACACCAGCUGGAACCUUUGCUUCACAGAACUGCCCAGACUAUCCCAGCUUUGACCCCUUGGAAAAAGUAACCAAAUACUGUGAUGAAUCUGGCAACUGGGUACACAGUUCAUCUAUCAAUAAGACCUGGUCCCACUGUCUCACAUUCUCAAAGGAGAAAAUAAAGACGUUACCAGUUCAUGGCUUUUUAGAGAUGGAGACGGAGAUGGAUCCUACCGCUGAGAGUCAGGUCAGCCCUGUAGUGACUCAGAAAGCAGAGGAGAGGAAGAAGAUCAUUGAUGGUCAAUAUAAAUGCUUUGAGAAAAUGAACAGAGACCAGCCAUAUAACAAAUCAGGUCCAUACUGCAACCGCACCUGGGAUGGCUGGCUAUGCUGGGACGACACGCCAGCAGGAACGUUCACAUCUCAAAACUGUCCCAAUUACUUCCCUGACUUUGACUCUACUGAAAAGGUCACCAAGUAUUGUGAUGAGACAGGAAACUGGUUUAGGCACCCUGAGACAAACAGGACAUGGUCCAACUACACCCUCUGCAUUGCUCACACCAAGGACAAGCUCAAGAUGGCGUAUAUUUUGUAUUACAUGGCAAUUGUGGGUCAUGCUCUUUCUAUAGUAUCCCUUCUCAUCUCGCUGGCCAUUUUCUUUUAUUUCAGGAGUCUGAGCUGUCAGAGAAUCACUCUACACAAGAACCUGUUCUGCUCGUAUGUGCUCAACUCAGCCUUCACCAUCGUCAACCUCAUAACUGUGGUCAACAACCCCAAAGUGGUGCAGAGGAAUCCGAUUGGCUGCAAGGUGCUUCACUUCUUCCACAUGUACAUGCUGGGCUGUAACUAUUUCUGGAUGCUCUGUGAGGGGAUUUACCUGCACACGCUGAUUGUGGUGGCCGUAUUUGCGGAGGAGCAGCAUCUGCACUGGUAUUAUCUUCUGGGCUGGGGAUUCCCCUUGGUGCCUGCAUCCAUCCAUGCUGUGGCGAGGAAGAAAUACUUUGAUGACAACUGCUGGAUGAGUGUGGAGACACAUCUGCUCUAUGUGGUUCACGGCCCCAUCAUGGCAGCUUUAUUAGUCAAUUUAUUCUUUCUGCUGAACAUAGUACGGGUUUUAGUGACCAAACUGAGAGAUACGCAUCGAGCUGAGUCUAACAUGUAUAUGAAGGCGGUGAGGGCCACCCUCAUUCUGGUGCCCUUAUUGGGCAUUCAGUUCGUCAUCUUCCCUUGGCGGCCAGAGAACCGCUUGGCAGGAGAGAUAUACGAUUACAUCAUGCACAUAUUAAUGCAUUACCAGGGAUUGCUGGUGGCAACCAUAUUCUGCUUUUUCAAUGGAGAGGUCCAGGGAGCUCUGAAAAGGCAGUGGAUGCAAUACAAAGCCCAGUGGGGUCAGCGACGACGUGAGCACUGCUCCAUGAGAUCCACCUCCUACACCGCCACCUCCAUCACUGAGGUGCCCGCCUUCAUGUACCAUCACGACUGCAACAGUGAACACUUGAAUGGUAAACAAACAGAAGACUCAGAGCUAGUGGCCCUCAAGACGGGUGAGACAUACGCAUAAACAUUUGGAGAGAAAGAAUACUGGGAAAGAAAGUGAUUCAAUCAAACUGAAGACUGGAGACUCAGAUUGACUGAACGUUCGCAAACUCCCCCAUCUCAGACAGCACUUAAGCGUUGACACCAGAACAUUCAAAGCCUUGUGUUGGCAAAGCCGUUUCUGUUGAAAUACUACUCAAGGCUUUGUUUAUAUUCUCUUCAGCUCUGCUUCUGCGAGUUGAAACGCAAAGGAAACUAAAAAAAAAAAAAAAAAAACAGACAUGGGUUGCGUUUUUUUAAAAUGUCAUACUAAAGCUGCUAGUGUCAGGCUCCUCUCACAUCCUUUUUGGGCUGGUGGCCACAAAUAAAAAAUGUUACUUUGCAAAAAACCAAAGGAUGUGUUGAUUUGUGGGAUGCUGAGUGUUUCUCUAAAGCCACUGGGAAACGAUCCUCCAGAGGACAGGCUGCACUCAUCUGUCUCUGAACAAAGGAAAGUUCUUCUGUGCCUGAAUCCUGUUCCUGAUGGUGGUGAAAUGGCAAAGGAGGUUACAAAGAUCUGUCUGAUGGUCAUUUCGCAUUUGAAAAUAGCUUUUUAUCGGUCUUGCGAGACUCCUGACUGCUUUAUUGUUUUUGCAGCUGUACUUUUCUGCCUCGUCUUUGUUGCGAAAGGGGGUGUGGAGGAAAAGAUGAACAACAUGGACAAUUUUAGGACUGCUUAAAAGCUAAUUCAUAAACAUGUGCAUAGAUAUGCACAAAAAUGUAUUCUGUAAACAAAAACAAAACAAAAAAAAUAUAUAUAUUUAAUAAGCUCCCGUGUUUUAGAGUGCAGAUUGUAUUUAUCAAGUCUGAUUUCGAGGCAUCUUUUCAGUGUUCUGGAGUGCCACUUUGCCCGUAAGUGCAUUUCCUCUUGGAAACCAAAAUCCACCUCUCAUGAAUGCACCAAAUUCACUUCAUGUUUUCAUCUAGUGAUCAAUAAUCCACUUUUCUUCACUUGCCAUUGUUUGGGCACAAAUUACUUCUGGGACUCACUGAUUUUGGCUGAAAAUACAAAUUAAGAAAUUAGAUUAAA